AUGAAAACAUUUGUCUUGAUUGUUCUCUUAGGAUUGGCACUUGGAGUACAAGUGAAUGAAUAAGCAACAAUUUUGUAAGAUGCUUUGACCAACAAUUUAAAAGCCACAAGUAUGGGUAGAGCAGUUCUUGCUAUGGUUGAAUUGGGUUCACCUAAUUUCAAUCCCCUAUUCGAUGCAUUGGAAGCCUGGGCUUCACUCAUUGAACAAACCAUAGCCGAUGAAAAUUCAUCAUAUGGAGCAUUCGUCUAAUAAGUAGAAACAGAGGAAACAAAUUAUAAAGCUCUUAUUGCUCAAUAUGAAAGUGAGGUGGCUGAGUACAAUAUUUAAAUCAGGGAAAUCUUAAAGUCAAGAAUUUCUCUGGAGGAAGACCUUGAAAGGACAAGAACCGAAUUAGGAGGCACUAAACAAUAAAAGGCUAACAUCGAGAAUUAAUAAAGAGAAGAUUCAGCUGAUUUCAAAACAAGAACCAGUUAAUUGAGUGCUGCUAUUGUUGUGAUCGAUGAAGCAUUGAAAGUGUUAGAUAAAGCAAAGUACUCCUCAUUUGUUGAAGAAGAUGCUCAAUAAUUGUCUUCUUUAGUCUCAGGAACACCAGAAUUACAUAGCUUGUUACUUUAAUUAAACACUGAAGAUUACAAGAGUGCAUAAAACUUAUAAAAAGUCAUUAAUUUAUUACAAAACAUUAGAGAUUAAUUUAAUCAAAAUAUUCAAACAUUGCAAGCAGGCUUUACAGCAGCCUAACAAUAAGCCUAAGAUUUGUUUGAGUUAUUGAAUGCAAAAAUUGAUUCAUUGGUCAAAGAUGUCAUUCCAUAAUUGCAAUAAGAUAUCUAAGGAAAGGACAGCGAAAUCGAUUCAAGAAGACAAUUAGCUAACGAAGCUCAAGCAAAUCUUGAUGCUGCAAGGGAAAGUUUGAAAUAAUCCAUUUAAGAGAAAGGCUUAGCAACAAACAGCCAUAACAUAUUAAUUUCUGAAUAUCACAGCAAUUUGGAUACUGUCGCAGAAUGUAUAAGUGCUUUACAUGGAAGCGGAAUUAAAAGAUAAUGAAAUAGAUACAUAAUAAUAAAUAAUUUUACUCAGUAA